GCACUUUAGUUGUAAUUUUGCUACGGCUUUAAAGGACGGGUUACGGAUAGUUAUCUGCCUGUACAAAAAUAAACAAAAACAACAACAACAACAAAAAAUAAAUAAAUAAGAGAGAUGAACAUUUUAGCGUUGAUAGCGUUUGUUUUAUGGGCAACUUUUAUGCGUCUUCUACCACAAAUUAUUGAUAUAAUACGAUUAAAACAAUGGUCAGCUUCCAUACCGGGUCCCUCCUUGUACGAGUUCAUGUGGAAAUCGAGGAAAAUGAGCGUUUUGGACCGACUAAAAGAAGUACACAAGAAAUAUGGGUCAACAUUUCGUGUGUGGCUGGGUAAAGAUCUAUUCGUAUUUCUUGCCGAUCCCGACGAUAUAAAGACAUUGCUUAGCAGCAAUCAUUUAUUGCACAAGUCGAGUAAUUAUAAAUUGCUAGAGUCGUGGUUAGGCAAAGGUCUCAUAAUAAACGGCGGCGAAUCGUGGCAUAAGCGACGUAAGCUAUUAACACCAGCUUUUCAUUUUAGUAUACUAAGCGAAUUUAAGGAAUCAAUGGAAGAGAAUUGUCAAAUACUAAUACAACAACUGAAGGAGAAAACAAAUGGCGAACCUUUCGAUAUAUGCCCUUAUAUAACGUUGUUUGCAUUAGAUGUCAUUUACGAAACUGCUAUGGGUCUGAAGAAACAUGCUCAAUUGCAAAGCGAUUCCCUUUACGUAAAAACGAUAGAUGAAGUUUGUCACAUUUCGCAUCGACGUAGUUUCUCAGCAUUAUACAGAAAUAGAACGCUUUUCAAAUUUACUAAACUCGGUAGAAAAUAUCAAUCCGGAGUACAGAUAUUACACGAGGAAACUAAACACGUUGUAAAAUUAAAACGUAAAAUGUUAGAAGAAUGUAAAUACGAUAUUUUAAAGGAUCGAGAGAACUUAAGUGAUGAUAUAACAGGAAAGAAGCGUUUAGCGUUUUUGGAUAUGUUACUUAUCUCGCAAAUGGAAGGUAUGCCGCUCACAGAUGAUGAAAUACGCGAAGAAGUUGACAAUUUUAUGUUUGCCGGCCAUGAUACAGUCAGCUCAGCCAUAGCCUUCACUUUGCAUUUGCUAUCACAGCAUCCUGCCAUACAAAAGCAAGCCUAUGAGGAGGUAUUGGCCGCGAUGCGAGACGGUAAGGAAUAUAUGCCUUAUCUGGAGGCCGUUAUAAAAGAAAGUUUACGAAUUUCUGCGGUCGUGCCAUUCUUCUCUCGCCAAACUACUGAUGAUUUUAAGGUUGGUUCACUUACUGUACCUAAAGGAGUUAAUAUUGUUGUACUCGCCUAUAUGGUACAUCGAGAUGAACGCUAUUAUUCGCAACCCGAGAAAUUCGAUCCCACACGCUUUUUACAAGGCGAUAAAGGUUCGCAUCCGUAUAGUUUUGUGCCAUUCAGUGCUGGCCCAAGAAAUUGCAUCGGUCAGCGAUUUGCUAUGUUAGAAUUAAAGUGCGCCCUAUCAAAUCUUUUACGAGCUUUUGAAUUUUUACCAGCCGAAGGGUUUCAACCAAUUCUUUUGCCUGCAAUAGUUAUGAAGAGUGAAAACGGCAUAAAAGUACAAUUAAGGCUACGAAACUAAUACGAUCAGAAUAAAAUUAAUCGCGAUAAUGGUAGAUAUAUUUGUUGCAAAGAACAUGUAAAGUUUAUAUGGAGGAUGCCAUGGAGUAUAAUAUGCAGAAAGAUUUAAAUCGGUCCAACGAUCGAUUCAUGCAGAAAGGUUUAAAUCGGUCCAACGAUCGAUUCAUGCAGAAAGGUUUAAAUCGGUCCAACGAUCGAUUCAAAAUUAUUUCAUUUGACAUCGGCUCACAUGCAAGUCUUAAAUUUCUCAAAUAUUUUUAUAAAGUUGUGCGCGGUGACCUAUUUUAUUACCACUCUCCCAUAUUACGCCACAAAUGAAAAUCUAAUAGUUAUAUAAAAUCUUGUUGCAAUUUCUCAUAAUAAGCGGAAAAAAUUAAUGAGACGGAGCGAAGAGAUGAGGAGCAUAAUGCUGUUUCUAUGCCAUAUAUGGCACAAAAAUCCAACUUUCACUAAUUUAGGAUGAAAGUUGAUUCAAAAUAUGUAGUGACAUACUUUGGCCCGUAUAUCCCCCUUUUCCGAUUCUGAUAUAAAAUUUUUGUUACUUUAUGACAAAGGCAGCUACAGAUUCAUGUUUAUCGAAUUGGUGUAGAGUAUUGGUAGAAGUCGUCAUUACUACUGGGACAUUUCAUAAUCAUUACUAUACCCUAUAUAACUUGGUACACAAGCCUGUAUUACGUUUGUGCGUAUGUAUGCAACACCUAGAAUGACUUGAGAUAAGUCCACCUUUUGUGUUUACCGAUCGAUAUAGAAUCACUUUCUAACCUUGUCUACUUGUCUGUCCAUCCAAUUUUCUUAUUCUCUAUAUUAUAAUGAAAUUUGGCACAAACACGCUUUCCUUUAAACAGCCGUGAUAUGAAUAACUGUAUAGUGCUGUAGGGUAUUUAAUGAGAGAUCGCGGCCUACUGUAGUGUUUUUCGUUGCUUUAAUUUCACUUGCUUGCGUUCGAGUAUAUGCCAUCUAAUUGUAUUUUUCUAGCUUUCGAAUUUCUACCGUUUAUUAUUUAUUUAUUAAUGCUAUUUACAGUUUAAUCAUGAAAGAAAAGACAUUCGAACAAUAUUUGCAAAUUAUCUACAGUUUUUAUCAACAUUUGCGCAAUAGCGACAAUUUGUGGUCAUUGAAAUCAUUUAGUUGGCACAUAAUUGAAUGGCUAAUGAAAACCUACAACUUGUCGGAUUUGGUUUACAAUAAUCCCGGCCCAAUAAAAUGUGAAGGUUCAAAGAUUAACUGCAGUUACGUAAUAUUCUCUGCGUCUCUCUCGAUGACGCAAUCGCCUGGUCGUAUACUUUUUAGCUGCGCAAAUAGAAGCUUACACACAUUCGAUAAACGUAUUAGUAAAAACAAAGCAACAGCAAUAAAUUCUUAUAUGUUGACUUUUUGAGUGAAGUCAUGGCGUCACUUUGCGGAAAAAUUGAGUGAGCGGGAUUUUAGAUUUUAACAUUACAAUCCAUCAGCCUAUCGAUUUAAAACUUAAGCUUUGAAAUCUAGCUAAUAAAAUUGCCCACUGGUCGCGAUUUUUGACUCUGAAACGAUGAGGAAGCUAUAAAGCUAUAGGUAUUAUGGCUUAAAAGUAAAUUGAAAAUUUUACUAAAAUAUCUUGCCUUAAAUGAUCAUUUGCAUUUUAUACCUUAUUUUACGAAAUGUUGUCUCUUCGAUCUUGUAUUUGAAAAACUUACUAGGAAUACUUUUAAAAUAGUUCAACGAAUGUAGAAGCAUGCGUAAUAAUUUUAUUUCGAUAGUUCGAAUACUCUUCGCGCACACAAUAGGCCGGUAAUUUUGAAAUUUGAAAGCACUUGCAAUAAGUUAAUACGACUUUGAUUAAUAUUCUCUACUAUUAAGAUUACCAUAAUAAAAGGAAAAGAUUUUAUAGCCUACUUUUAGGGUUGAAAAUUUACAGUACACCUUGAAAAGAUAUAACCGCGAUAGCGUGUAUAUAAAUGAUAACAACAAUACUAACUGGGCAAUUAAUUUCCGCAAGACUUUUAAUUUCUUCAUCUAGACGACACCUUUAACCUGAACUAUUCGCUAUCUAUAACUUAACAAUGCGAAGAGUAUGCUAGAUCUGACUAACAAUAUCCUAUCCGAGCAAUGAUGAGUCAAUUCAGAAGCAUUUCUUACCAUUUGUGGAAGCCUCAUCAAAGCACCCAUAGGUUUAUUGAUUAAAUCAAUAAUAAAUUAAGUUCUUCCCAGAACUUGAGAGGAUAUACAUGAUAAAUCUGACUGUACGCGUUACAAUUUUAAAAAGGUAU